AUGAGCUUGAGUUUCUACUUUUAAUUUUAUAUUGAAAUAUGCGAGCUAGGUUUAAUCACUUACAAUAACGAGCCUGUUGAUUUACAACUAAUUUCUAACCAACUUCAAUAACAAAAUCUGAGCAAAUACAGUUUAUCUAGCUAUCAAUUUGAUAUUCCUCCUUACACCUUAGAAUCUAAUUCUCAAUUAAACGCUAGUUUGGUUGUAAAUUUGAGUUCAAACAAAAAUGUAGUUGCUAUUAAGAAGAUAUCUGUUGAUAUUUUGAUUACAGAUUUGUAUUUGUAGGUUAUCGGAGGCUCUAGUUUAGUUAUAGGUUAUUAAAGUAAACUUACCUUAAAUACCAACUCUAGAGACUUUGAAAUUUAGGAUUCUAAAUCCCCUUAAAACAUCAACUUUAGUUGGGAAUGCUCUGGUUUAUCAUCUAAUGACCAUAUUUGCUAUGACUACAAGAAUAAUAUUCUUUAAUUACAACAAGGAUAAAGUAGUAUUUCUUUUCCUGCAAAAACAUUUUAGCCAUACACAUCUAUUAUAUUAAAUGUUAUCGGAUAAAAAGACUCUAGAAAAUCUAAUUAUAGAACAAUAUGCUUAUUUACUGAGCUAAAUAUCCCCUAGCUAGAAGUAUAGUUUUCUGCUACUCGUUAAAAUUAAAAAAUUAAUUUGAAUGAGGAUUUGAAUUUUGUUAUUAAUUAUGAUAAGAAUAUCCCCUCAGAUAUUUUAUCUUAUGCUGGAGCUUUGCUAUAUGACAAUGAUGUUGUUGGUGUUAUUAAAUUUGACUAUUACUAAGUUAAAUUUAGAAUAUGGAACUAUUUCAAAAACGUAGAUCCCCUAAAACCUAUUAUUUAAGCACGCUUUUCUGUCUAUAACCCUUCUUUUGUUAUGCCAAGCUUAACGACUAUCAAUUUGAAUAUCAAUUUCCCUCCUCAUAAUUGUACUUUGGUAAUUAGCCCACUACAAGGAGUAGCACUUUAAACGAUGUUCUCAAUUUAAUUUUUGUAUUGCUUAGAUGAAGAUCUUCCUUUGACUUACUAAUUCUUUUAUUAUAAUAGCAUGGAUGAUGCUAAAUAAGAAUUAAUCUAGCCAUGGAAUAUUUUAAGAAGAUAAAUAUAAGAUCAGUCAACUGUAAAUUCAAUUCAAACUGUAUUACCUUAAGGGAAUCUUGUAAUAAUGAGUUAGGUCAUAGAUUCACAACUCGGCGUUUACAAUUAAACCUAGAUGAUUAGUGUUUCAAAUUUAAAUUUACCAACGAAAGAUUAUUAUCAAUAAGUAAAUUAACUUACUUAGCAAACUCUAUCUAGCACAAACUUAUAAGCUACAAGCUAAUUAAUUACUUUAAGUUUAAUCGGAGAAGACAUUAGUAAAAAUACAUAGUCUUCAUAAGAUUUAAAUAAUUUAUGCUCUCUAUUAAUAACAAAUCUUCAGUAAUUAUCUCUUUAAAUACCUAAAUUUUCUUUGAUAUCAACAUAUGCUAAUAAAGUAACUGCUAAACUAUCAGGGUUACUUUUCAAUUCAUAAUAAUCAAUAUAGACUAUCGAUAAAAAUUAAAUAAUUUAAAAACUACAGUCAUUAAUUUAAAAUACAGAUUCAAGCAUUUAAAACAAUGAUCUGAGCUAUUUAUAGCAAAACAAUGAUUUUCCAAUUCAAAAUAUUAUCGAUUCUUUCAAAAUAUUAAAUUCAUGUGUUUCAAUGAAUUCAUAGAAUACAUAAUAAAAUUUAUAGGACUAUGACCAAAUUACUACCAAGAUAGGAAGUAUGUUCUCUAAUAUGAAUCUACCUAAUUAAGGGUCUUUAAUUCUAAAUGGUAAUCUAUCAACUCUAUUAAUAGACAAAAUAACUUAAAAAAACAUAUACUAAUACGUUACUACUUUUAAUGAACCAGAUUUAAAUAAUAUUUUUAGUAUAUCAAGAAACAAUUAUGAAUUAAAUAUUUAUGAAAAUACUCCAGAAUUUUAAGGAUAUAUUUAGCAAAUGAAAAAUAUUAGCUCAAAUUACACAUACUCAAAGAACAAGUUGAUUUAAACCUAAAUUACUAACUUGGAUACUAAAAAUCUCAUAGAUCAUUCUACAAUAAUUUAUAAUUUUAAUAAUGCUGUAACUAGCUAGAAAUACAACAUGACUUGCGUAUAAUAGAAUGAUAAAUAUUGGAGUAAAAAAAAUUGUGUUCUACUAAAAAAUAAUUAAAAUGAAUCAGCGUGCUAUUGUAAAACGUAGAAACCAACAACUAUCAUUGAGGAUAUUGAUGACAUGUUUUUAAAAAAUAAAAAUUUGAAUACUGCAUUUGGAGAGUAAGGAUUCAAAAACAUAGAAAAUUUUAAAGAGUUUUAUAAUUACAUAGUAUUCUGGUUUAUAUUUGCUUUUACCUUGGCUUAAAUUAUUUUAUUCAUAGUAGGAAAAAGACUAGAUAGAAUUACUCUCCAGAAAAAUUUUUAAAGAGUGCACCACCAUUUAGAAUAAAUUUUAAGUCCAAAAAUUGAGCUAUAGCAAGAAAAUUAGAAAGAUAAUUCAAAUCUUAAAGAAACUUCUAUCGCAAUGUGUCAAGAUUAAGUUAUCAAAAAUAACUCUCCUAAUUAAAACAAAAUUUAAAGUACAGAAAAUAUUGAAAAUAAAUGUUAAAUCAAAAUUUAAAGUACAGAAAAUAUUGAAUAAAAAUUUUAAAACAAUUAACAUUUUCCAUUAAUUUCUGAUGAAUUAUCUGCUAAAAUGAAUGGUCCAAUUCCUUUUAAAAGAAAAAGGAAAAUGUUCGUAAACUUUUAAAAGCCUCAAAGUCAUGUAAGUUUUAACUAAAUUAGUUAACAUGAAAUUGAUUUAAAUCAAAUAAAUAAGAAAUAAAAUGAUUAAAAUGUUAUUAGUGAAGAAAAAAGUAUUGCAAAUAGUAUUGAAAAAAACAAAACUCAAUAAGGAUCUUAAGGUUGCAUUUAAGAAAAUUAAAAAAUUCAAGAAUAGAAAUAAAUAUAGAUCUACUAAUAGCUCUCGAUAUAUAAAAAGUUAGCAAUAUUUCAUUAAUUUUUUAGCAUUUUUUAUCUCUCACUAAGUGAUAUUUCAAGACCAAUAAGAUUCACUCUUUUUUACAUUAAAAAUAUCCACACUCUAACUAUUUCUAUAUUGUUCUAUGGUUAUAUGAUGUUAGAUUAACAGAUAGUAAUUGCUUUGAUUAACAGCAUAGUAUUAAAAGUAACCUCUACCCUAAUUGCAUAUACUUUUAAAAAAGUGUCCAGUGGUAAAAAACCAAGAAACUAUUUAAAGUAUUGA